CGCAAAGCAGCUGCGCAAGAUACAUAGCCAUUGCUUAUUAUCUUCAGAUAACUAAAGCAAUCGCAGAUAACCUAAAGUACAGAACCGAAUACGCACGGCGGCACGGCCAAAUCGUCCAUUUUCUCCGUUGACAUCACCAUGUCGCACAGGAAAUUUAGUGCACCGCGACACGGUUCUAUGGGGUUCUACCCCAAAAAGAGGUCGCAACGUCAUCGUGGUAAGGUAAAGGCCUUUCCCAAGGAUGACCCAAGCAAGCCCGUACAUCUUACCGCCUUCAUUGGUUACAAGGCCGGUAUGACCCAUGUUGUACGUGAAGCCGAUAGACCGGGUUCAAAGGUCAAUAAGAAGGAAAUCGUUGAGGCUGUCACAAUCCUUGAAACACCACCAAUGGUUGUCGUUGGAGUUGUUGGUUAUAUAGAGACUCCUCACGGUCUUCGUGCUUUGACCACUGUUUGGGCUGAGCACUUAUCUGAAGACUGUAGACGGCGAUUCUACAAGAACUGGUACAAGAGCAAGAAGAAGGCUUUCACCAAGGCCUCCAAGAAAUGGCAAGAUGAUUUGGGACGAGCCUCAAUUGAAAAGGACUUAAAAAAAAUCAUCAAGUACUGCAAAGUUGUCAGAGUUAUUGCUCACACUCAGAUGAAACUGUUGAGACAGCGCCAAAAGAAAGCUCACAUUAUGGAAAUCCAACUUAAUGGUGGAACCAUUGAAGACAAAGUCAAAUGGGCCAGGGAACAUCUGGAAAAACCUAUCCCUGUCUCAAAUGUUUUUGCACAAGAUGAGAUGGUCGAUGUUAUUGGUGUUACGAAAGGAAAAGGAUACAAAGGUGUCACCUCGCGUUGGCACACAAAAAAACUACCGCGUAAGACACAUAAAGGUCUCAGGAAGGUCGCCUGUAUCGGUGCAUGGCAUCCUAGCAGAGUGUCUUUCACCGUUGCUCGUGCUGGUCAGAAGGGUUACCACCACCGUACUGAAAUGAAUAAGAAGAUUUACCGUAUUGGACAGGAAAUCCAUACAAAAGACGGAAAGAUCAUCAAAAACAACGCUUCAACCGAGUACGACUUGACUGAGAAGAGUAUAACUCCUAUGGGAGGUUUCCCGCACUAUGGAGAGGUCAACAACGACUUCGUCAUGUUCAAGGGUUGCUGCAUGGGUCCCAAGAAGCGGGUUAUCACAUUGAGAAAAUCACUCCUCGUCCACACCAAGCGCGCUGCUUUGGAGAAGAUCAAUCUCAAAUUUAUCGACACGAGCUCCAAAUUCGGUCAUGGACGUUUCCAGACCGCUGCCGACAAGGCAUCGUUCAUGGGCACGUUGAAGAAAGAUCGUAUCCGCGAAGAACAGGCUCAAGCCACGGCCGCUACCGCUUCGGCGGCUAGCGCCGCAACCGCAGCACAGUAAUCUUCAUACUAUGUAUGUUGAUUGUUGAUAUAAAAUGAACUUCAAUUUAUUUAAUGUCGUUGUUAUUG